GAAACAAAGUGGUGCUUACUGAAUUUCAAAGGAAACCUAUGGGAGCUGCUGCAGUUGAACCGAAGUCACCAGGCGCCGCUGGAGUUGAAGCCAAGUCAACCUUGCUGCUGGAAAUCAUUGAACCGAAUGUAUUCAUUGGGAUUUCGCCACCAUCCGCCCUCCGCCAUCUGCAAUCCGCCUCCCCGCCAGCCACCACCAGUCCCCGAUUCAAAUCCCAAGGAAACAAAGUGUUGCCUACUGAAGUUGAAGGGAAGCCUAUGGGAGCUGCUGCAGUUGAACCGAAGUCACCAGGCACCGCUGGAGUUGAAGCCAAGUCAACCUUGCUGCUGGAAAUCAUUGAUUUCGCCACCAUCCGCUUUCCGCCAUUCCGCCUCCCCGCCAGCCACCACCAGACCCCGAUUAAAAUCCCCAAG